CGCAGUACGCUCAGCACUGGUUUUGGGAAACCGUACUUUGUACCCAAUCUUUCGAAGAAUCGUUUGGGGGUUCCACCUGGCAUUCAAGGGCAUGAGAGCCGAUGGAGGGCAGCUUUGCAGUGAUGGAUCUCGUUUUCUAUGCACUGAAUUAAGAGGUGACCUUGGCUGGCAUAAGCUUAUUUGGAACUUUGAAAAGGUGGGGUGGCAAGCAAAAAGCAUUUGCAUGUUUUGUGAAGCAAAGAGUGAUGGACACCCACUCUAUACUGAAACUGUUCCUGAUGCUGACUGGACGCAAACAAUGCAUUCUGACACAUGGGCUUGGGCUGAGAAAGUGCUGCCUGCAAACAACAUUUGUCCGUUGUUGGCAUUGCCGGGGUUUUGCAUUGAAACACUUCGUUUGUGUUCAAUGCACAAUAUGAAUUUGGGGCUUUUACAAAUUUGUAACGGCUCCGCUUUGAUUUCCCUUGUGACUGCUGGACUUUACGGCAAUCCCGAAGAGAGCUUGGCUCUCAAUUUGAGGCGUGCUUUCCGGGAUUUUGAAGUUUGGCGAAAGGCGCGAAAACUGCAGUGCACACAGGGGGUUUGGACACCUGGGUUGGUAGUGAAGAAGAAUGGCAACAUUUGCAUGACCCACAAAGCGUUCAAUGGCCGUGUGAUUGUCCAGUACAUGGCUGAAGCUUGCGACGUUGUCAUUUCGAAACAGCUGCCGGGAAAUGGUCGAACUAUUGGGGUAUGGCUUUCCCAGCAAGUUGCUCUUGGCCACCGAACCUGGCCAUACCCAGCAGAUCCUGAAUUUGGUUUGGCCUCUGUGUGCUUGAGAUCAGUUGCCAGGUGGUUCAACUUGACAGAGAGGGCUGGUCGAUAUCUGCGUGCCCAUGAAGCCGCUGAGAUGAUGACAGCAGGUAUCAGAUUUUGUCAAAGCCAUUUGCUCCUUACUACACUCAGCAUGAGGCAUUUGCAACAAAACAGGCAUGUGCCAGCGCAGGGGCCUCCUUUGCUGAAAUGGAUUCUCAAGCCGAAGUAUCACUACUGGAGCCACCAAUUGCUUACAGCAGUUAAGCAGCGAGAAAACACACGGCACACCAACUGUUUCACUGAUGAAGAUGCCAUGAGAUGGCUCAAAAACAUUUCAAGAAAUACUUCCAAUACGGGAUUUGAAAGGAGAGUCUUAGCCGCGUCUCGGCUUCGCCUCAAACUCACCUGUGGCAAAGCCCGGGUGCAAAAUGCCACUGCAGCGAAAAGGAGCAAACGUUGAAG